AUGGCUCAGUAUAACUUGGUGCCCCCGGCCGCCUCUGGGCUAAGCCGUCCUUGGUCGUGCGCCGGACAUCUUCGAUCCGAGGAUCCUGAGGGGGCGACUCCAGCUGGGUUGGAAGUGGCCGCUGGACCUGUUGCGCAUCGUUCUGCGACUUUAUCUACUGGGCCACUUGAACAAGGGGCUCGGCCGUUGCGACCGAGCUGGGCGGCAUUAGAUAAGAGUCGUAGGUUUGACCAGGGUGCGUAUGUGUUGCUGUUGGAAUGGCCAGACCAUACUGAAGGUGGGAGCCUGACGGAAAUAACAACGCUUGUAAUGGUGAAACGGUCGGAUUGCUCUGACUGGACGGCCACGGUGUGA